GUUCACAUUAAGUGCAUGAAGUGGUACCACUGGCGUGUGCUACUCAUAAGAUUUAUCAGUAGUAUACAUAAAUAAAGAUGAAUAUGAAGAGUUGGUCGUUGGCAUAAAACAUCAAUUAGCAGGGGGAUAGAUUGAUUGGCUGUCAACCCAAGAAAGCAAAUGAUGAAUGAUGCAGUGUUGCUUGCGGAGAUACAUGGGAAACGUGAAAGGAACACAAAAAUAACGUAACAUAAGGGCCAGAAGUAGCGGACACAACACGGAAGAUCUGUGCAAAAGGUGAUUUGUGAAGAUAAGGUGUACGUAAUUCCCCCAUAUAGAUAAAGAUUCCGUAUUCCAAAUAAAUAUUCCUUUACUAAGUGUCUUAUCUUCUGCCGUUACAGUACCUCUGCGUAUUAACACUUUAUACAAGACACCGAACUGAUUUCUUCUGGGUCUUGUGUAGAUAUGCUGUAUUGGUUCAGGCAUAAUUAAACAUUUGGUCGAUUCACUGACGGGUGGAUAGGUAGACGAAAAGGUUUGGCAAAAAUCGGUGAAGGGUGCUUUGGGGAAGUAUUCCGAUGUUGGGCCGGGAAGCGCCGAACGAAGCGCGUCGUCUUGAAGUUUAUUCCAGUAGAGGGGCAUAUUAAUUUUAAUGGUGAAUCUCAAAAGACUUUUGAUGAAGUUCUCUCUGAAGUAAUUGUAGCUAAAGAACUAACAGCUCUUGGUAUGGGCUUAACAAAUUGUACUUCUGGUUUUGUAGAGUUGAUAAAAGUUCACCUUCUCCAAGGGGCAUUCCCUUCAUGUAUGAAGAAAUUGUGGGAGGCAUAUGAUAGAGUGAAGGGUUCUGAAAAUGAUCAUCCAAACAUCUUUCCUGAUGACCAAUUAUGGGUGGUUUUAGAAUCUGCAUUUUGUGGUGUACCGCUUGGGGAUAAUAUUCCUUCUUGUCCUUGUGCAAGACUUUCGCUUCUCCUGCAAGUCGGAUUUUCCCUUGCAGUAGCUGAGCAGGAAAUGAAUUUCGAACACAGAGAUCUUCACUUGGGGAAUGUCUUGGUCAAGGAAAGUCCUGUGUCUCGUGCUAGGAAUCCUUCUUUAUCCUCUAAAACAUCAUCAUCUUCUUCUUACCCUUUUCCAUCCGGCUCCGUCUCGUCAUCGUCCACAUCUCCAAAAAGUUACUGUAAGUAUUGUUUUCAUUUGGAAGGGGUGGAGGAAGAAUCUAAUAAAGAAAAUAAAGAACAUUUCAUUAUUGAAAAAGUCAACAAUUACGAAUAUGUGGAAUUUCGUCUGAAUAAUCAGAUGAUCAGAGUUCCCAAAUGUGGUGUCACGGCUUAUCUUAUAGACUUUACUUUGUCCCGUUUAGAACAAGAUGGUGGUUUUGUCUAUGUUGACUUAAGUAGUGACACUACUUUGUUUCAGUCCAAAGGUGAUUAUCAAUUCGACAUAUAUCGUCGUAUGAAAUCACAUAAUCGGCAUCUGACCAAAUUGAUUUUGUAUCGGAUUGGUACAUAACUGAGGAAAUGUGUAUAUUGUCCUACAGACGUAGGUUUUCUAUAGACAUCUCUCCUGAGUGAAACAUCCUCUCUUCUGCUCAAUUGGACGUCAAAGAAGACUUUUGCCUGACAAGGUUUUUCUUUAACUGAUGUCAGCUAGCUUGUGAUUGUACUUGUAACCAGUCGGAUCCCCUGCAUACACUAACACUUGAUAAAAUCUUUCUCCUCUCCCAUAGAAAUGAUUGGAAGAAGUUUUCGCCGAAAACCAAUGUUAUGUGGUUUCACUUUUUGACGACAAAACUAUGCUGUGAUUCGCCCGAACUAGCCUCAUCAUCUGCUGCAUCCACCUGCAUCGAACGUCAUGCUAUUUGUUGUGAACAGCUGAAAGACUUAGAGUUGAGCACACGGAGAUUCAAAUACAAAUCCGCAUUCGACUUGGUGACAACACACAAAUUGUUUAAAAACUGUCGGUAUUUUUUCAGUGAUAAGUAACUUCUCCAAACGUGGUUGUGAAUGUGUGUGUGUGUGUUACCCUUUCACAUUUUGAAUUGUGCUCCUUCAUUUUUUUCCUUCAGUCUUUCAUUUGUCUUCCUGCCUUUUUUUUGUUUUCUGUGCCUUCUGAUUUUUUUGUACUUAAGUAACACUAUUACUUUUUUCUAUUGUUUUUAUUUUGUUGAUUGAGAUAGAAAUUAGAUAUAUGUAUAUAUUUUCUAGCAAAAAUGUCUGUUAGUUGAUGUUUAUUCGGUUGAAAUAUAGGCAUUUGUUGUGAAUUGUUGCUUGUGUUAUGUUAUAUAUAAUGCAUCCAACCUGUGUUUAAGAAGGCUAGUGGCGCGCAACUACACCACCAGUGUGAUUGAUUGACUGGAACUGUCAUCAGAUGGCUUGAAGCAUUGGAAGGAAGCUAAGAGUUACCGGAGUGUUUUUUUUCGUAUCAGUUUGGGACUUUUUGGCAAUACGCGCAUCCGUGUCCCCAAUCGGCGGUCGGAAUCAGGAUUUGUAGUUUAUAUGGGUGAUUCGUUGAC